AUGACGCUGCUCUUGUUCCUACAGAAGGGACCCAGUGGAGCCUCCCAGGGGAGCACAUCAGAGCCACAGGACCAUGCGCGGGGUAACGCGGAGCUGGCGCGGCUGCGGCCGGGGCUGGCUGUGCUGGGCGCGGACGAGCGCAUCUGCGCGCUGACCCGCAGGCUGGUGCACGGCGAGGAGCUGCGGUUUGGGGCCAUCCAUGUGCGCUGUCUCCUGACGCCGGGCCACACCUCCGGCCACAUGAGCUACUUCCUAUGGGAAGAGGACUGUCCUGAUCCGCCGGCGGUGUUCUCGGGGGAUGCGCUGUCGGUGGGUGGCUGCGGCUUGCGCCUGGAGAGCACAGCUCAGCAAAUGUAUCAGAGCUUGGUCGAGACCCUGGGUACGCUGCCGCCGGAGACGAAGGUGUUCUGUGGCCACGAACACACGCUGGGCAACCUUGAGUUUGCACAGAAAGUGGAGCCCGGCAAUGACCACGUGAGGGCCAAGCUGUCAUGGGCCAAGAAGAGGGAUGAGGACGACAUGCCCACAGUGCCAUCCACCCUGGGCGAGGAGCUCCUCUACAACCCCUUCCUAAGGGUGGCAGAAGAGCCUGUGUGCAAGUUCACGGGGAAGGCGGCCCUGGCCGAGGUCCUGGAGGCACUCUGCAGGGAGCGGGCAAGCUUCGAGCGGGCGGCUGAGCCCCUGCAGCCGCAGGCCCGGGCUCUCCUGGCACUGCAGUGGGCCCUGAGCACACCCCAACAGAAGUGA